AUGGGGCAAAUGGCUAAGGAACUGAGUGAAAUAAAGCGGGGUGAAUUUCCAUUCCAAACAAUAUCAAAUUCAGAGGAUCAACAGCAGAUGAAAGCAGUCACAGUUCUCGGGAAUGGUAAGGUCAUAGGAACUGAAGAGCACCCUCAAGCAUCGCCAGAUGAAGCAUCAACUUCCAAGGACCAUCAUAAAGAUCCAUUAGAGGCCACCUUCACCCUUAGUCUCACAAGGCUAGAUUUUGAGCCAGACCUUGAAGAUAUUACUAAUGAUGUCAUGGAAACAGUUCAUCACCUUGAGGCUUCUCCAAAAUACCCAACUUUGAGAUAUUUGUUUGCCAAGAAGGAUGCAAAGCCAAGACUGAUCAGAUGGGUAUUAUUACUGCAAGAGUUUGAUCUUGAGAUCAGAGAUAAGAAGGGCGGUGAGAAUGUGGUUGCAAAUCACCUAUCCAGACUACUUCAUGAGGAACAAGGAGAUGAGCUUCCAUUAAAUAAAAAGUUUCCAGAUGAGCAGUUAUUUGCAGUUGAGGUCCAAGUUCCAUGGUAUGCAGACAUUGUGAAUUAUAUAACUGCCAAGGUUUUUCCCCUAGGAAUGUCUAGUAAAGAAAGCAGGAGGUUGAUGUCUAUAUCGAGACAAUACCAUUUGGAUGACCCCUAUCUGUUCAAAUUUUGCAUUGAUCAAAUCAUUAAAAGGUGUGUCUCAGAAGAAGAGCAUUGGAGCAUUCUGCAGCAUUGUCAUCAGUUGGCGUGUGGAGGACACUUUGGGGCCAAGAGAACAGCACUUAAGAGGAAGCUACAACUCAAUGAACUGGAAGAACUGCGACGGGAUGCUUAUGAGAAUGCCAAGCUCUACAAGGAAAGGACCAAAGCAUAUCAUGACAAGCAACUAGUCAGGAAGGAGUUUCAUGUAGGACAAAAGGUUCGCAAUCCAGAGAGCAAUUGCAUAUUCCAGGUUAAUGGACACAGAGUGAAGCCAUAUCUCGAGGUGCAAUUGCUACCAAGAGAUGAAGAUAUGGCACUCCAAUCUACCUUUGAUGCACCACCACCAUCGGGAGCAUCUACUUUUGGACAACACUGA